AACCAAGGAAUGUGCCCAUGAACAAGAAGAAGUAGAUACAUGAUUGUGGCCAGCUCAGCAACAGCGGCAGGAACUGUACGUCGCAGCAAAGGGAAGAAGGGCUGAAACAGUGAAAUAUCAGCACUCGAGAACCACAGCGGUGUUGUCACCACUGUUGGUGUAGGCAGAUUGGUAGUAGAUGACAGAGGCACUAAAACAGAAAUAUGAAUAGGCUGUUGUACUACCAAGGGUAGGGGUGUUCUAUUGUCCGCUUUGGUAUCGAUAUCAGGGUGGAUUGUUGACGUGGUAAUAGGCGGUAUCUCCGGCAGGGCUGUUGUAGACAGGCUAGAGGCCAGCAAUGGUGCUGUCACGGUGGGUAGGAUAGCUGCAGAAUUAUUGCUGGUUCUGGUUGGAAUUUUUGGCUGGUUUUUGGCAUCAUAGACAGUAGAAAAAGGAUCCUUACUACUGUACUUGGAUGAAUUGCCAGCGACACAGCUUUCUGAUGUGAUGGUAUCACAUAAACGUUGCAAGAGCUCUUGAACAAACUUGUCCCACGAUAAGGAGGGGCAGCGACGAACGAGCAAUUGCUUCCAAGGCUUGGCUGGUCCGUCUAUGGCGAGCAUGGCAACGUCGACACGUCUAUCCGAUGAUGUUUUGUUGACGAGGAAAUAUUGGUUUGCCCUCGCGAGCCACGCGAGAGGCUCAGAUCCACCAAAAGUUGGCAUUGGCGACGUUGAUUUGUUUCCGGCUGACACCGAAUUAGAUUCCCGAUUUUCUGAGGACGCACCGUCCUCCGGCGUUGCUCUGAACUUGUGGUUGAUGGCCGCGAAACCCGCACGCAUUUCCUCUAUCAUGGAGUCGAGUUUUGACCCCAAUACCGAGACCCGUUCGUUCGUCUGCUGGAGCUGGGCGUUGAGUUUUUCAGUAGCCUUCUCCAAACCGUCUAGGCGUGAAUCUCCCCGAGAGUUGACCAUCGUUCACCGCACCAAUUGUUAGGAGUAAAGGCUCGAGACUAAUGAACAAGAAGAUAAACGAAAAAGGGAAGGAACUCAAUAUGACAAAUCAAAUUGGAACAAGAAAUAAUCCUCACGAAGGAGGCCAAUCCUCACGAAGGAGGCCACGGCUACGCCAUCUAAAUUCUGAUCUCUCCAAAAGAUCCUUUUCACCACUUAAGAGCGUCAAUAUCCGGAUGAAUCUCAACUUACCGAUUUCUUGCAAUGAAGAUGGACGCAUGGUUGGUAAAUUAUUUAUUUCAAACAAAGAGAUUGCAAAAGGUAGUAAUGGCACCAUUGUUCUUGAGGGGAUUUAUGAAGGCCGGCCAGUAGCCGUGAAGCGCCUUGUGAGAGCUUACAAUGAUAUUGCCGUUAAAGAAAUCCAAAAUCUUAUUGUCUGAUCGUCAUCCAAAUAUUGUUAGAUGGUAUGGAGUAGAUCAAGACCAAGAUUUCGUGUAUCUUGCAUUAGAACUCUGUUCUUGCAGCUUAAAUGAUCUUAUUGUGAUGCACUCAAAGUCCCCUACUCAUCCAACUUUUGAAAAGAGUUUGGCUUGUGACGUUGCAGCAGAUUAUUCAAUCCGUCUGGAUUAUAUGGAUGACCUUAUUCAUGGGUUUAACUUGUGGAACUCAGAUGGAUAUCCAUCACCUUUAUUGUUAAAACUGAUGAGGGAUAUGAUAUCAGGAGUUUCCCAUUUACAUGAGUUGGAAUUCGUUCAUCGGGACCUGAAGCCUCAAAAUGUGUUGAUAUUAAAUGAAAGAUCUCUGUGUGCAAAGCUUUCAGACAUGGGCAUUAGCAAGCACCUUGUUGGAGACAUGUCAACCUUGAGUAAUCACGGUACAGGCUGCGGAUGGCAGGCACCACGAGCAGUCGAUUUGUUUAGCCUCGGUUGUGUUUUCUUUUUCUGCAUUACCGGUGGCAGACAUCCCUUUGGGAGCCGCUUGGAACGCGAUAUCAACAUUGCAAAAAAUAAAGUUGAUCUUUCCCUGCUGGAUCAUAUCCCAGUGCAAUUGCUAAAUCCCAAUUCUGAAAUGAGGCCAAAGGCGAGCGAUGUGCUUAACCAUCCCCUUUUUUGGAGCGCUGAGAUGCGGCUUUCCUUUCUCCGUGACACGAGUGAUAGGGUGGAACUGGAAGACAGAGAGGUUCAGUCGGAUCUCUUGAAAUCGUUAGAGAAUAUAGGACCUCUGGCUUUGGGUGGAAGGUGGAAUGAAAAGUUAGAUCCUUCAUUUCUUAAUAAUAUCGGUCAAUACAGGUUUCAUAGCGUUCGUGAUUUGCUACGAGUCAUGCGUAACAAGCUGAGUCAUUACAGGGAGAUUCCUGCAGAAAUUCAGCAACUAAUCGGAGCGGUACCUGAAGGAUUCGACAGAUAUUUCAGGAGUCGGUUCCCAAAAUUAUUGAUUGAAGUGUACAAAGUGAUGAGCAAAUACUGCAGCAAAGAAGAUUGCUUUGCCAAGUACUUCAAUGGACCUGAGUUCUAGUUGUUGUUUGUAUUUUGUACAUAGAAUAUGAAUGGGCAUUGUGUGUGUUGUACAUAACUUAAUAAAAGCUUAUUUUCUGGUGUCAA